UUUGUAAUGAUUUUUUUUCCUCAACUUGCAAACUAAACUUGAUUUGAAUGUGAUAUUGCUCUUUGGUAUGGUGUAGCUCAACUAAAGGUUCUGAAUUUACUAUACAAACCUGGACCAUCUUGGCUUAAAAUUUGGCUACUAAUCAUUCAUUUGUUUAACAUUGAUAUUUCCUUUGCCCCAAAAGUGAAAUACAAAUCGAAGGAUAACAUUUGAAUAAGACCUCCGAAGAUAAGAUUGAUUUGAUAAUUCCUUUACUCCAUUGGGGUCCGAGAUAAAAUACUAUUACGCAAAUUGAGAUAGUCUUUAGUUUCAGCUUUUAAACGGCACCAGAAUAGUUUCAGACCAAAUGGCGCAAUCACUGAAGUAUUUAGGUAGUGUUCAACCUGCCUUUCAUCAAAUUUUAGCGUUUUCUUGUCAUACUGUCAAAUCCAUUAGGCUCUGCAAUCAGAGUUACAGCAGGAACUACUGCACCAGCAUUAAAAAUCGAUAUUACAGUGAUAAGCAUGAAUGGGUCCAGGUCAGUGGGAAUAUUGGGAUCAUUGGCAUAUCCAAACACGCUCAGGAAUCUCUUGGUGAUAUAGUUUAUGCCCAAUUACCAGAAGUAGGAUCAGAUGUCAACCAGAAUGAUGAAGUUGGGGCUUUAGAAAGUGUUAAAGCAGCUUCUGAACUUUAUUCGCCUGUAUCAGGCAAAGUAACGGAAAAAAAUAGUGAAGUAGAAGAAAGGCCAGGACUUAUUAAUGAGUCAUGUUAUGAAAAAGAACACACCCCCCCGCGUUCCCCCGCCCGUCUCGCUUCCCUGCCCUGCCCGAACCCAGAUCACACACAUCCCUUUCCAUUAAAUUCAAACCAACCACCCCCCUCGAAACCAUCAACCCCCCAGCACCCCACGCCCCAGCUCAGUCUGCACCAACCAAACACACCUUACCACUACUCCAACCACCAAUCCAUCAACAUACAAAGUCCAAUUCAAACAACAUCCUACCCCAAACAAACAUCACCAAACCGCCGCAAACACUAUCAUUGUAACCUCCCCCCCCCUCACCCCACUACACACCCACCCCAAGAACCCUAUCAAAAGAAACCAAAACAGAAACCGAAAACAGACCGCCCUGCCCUACGCAAACCCCCACCAAAAGCUACACCCCGAUUGCCCUAG